CCGCGCGAGGCUCUGACAGAUCAUGGACGCAGGCGAGUAAGUCGUCAGCUGACCAGUUCGUCACCCGUCAAGUAAAACCCCAUACAAAAGCGAGCGCCUACGUGAAGGAGAGUCGGACACCGUGUUUGGGUGCUAUGAUCCCUUUAUGCAGAUGCAAGAAAAGGACUUAGUGCAUCGCUAUGGCAGCUGAAAUCCAUCCGAAACCUCUGACGCGCCGUCCCGUAUUGCUGAAUAAGAUCGAAGGGUCGCAGGACGUGGUUAACGCUGCGGUGAUCAUCCCAAAGGAGGACGGAGUAAUAAGCGUUUCAGAAGACAGGACUAUUCGUGUGUGGCUGAAGCGGGAUAGUGGUCAGUACUGGCCCAGUGUCUACCAUGCUAUGCCAUUUCCCUGUUCCUGCAUGUGUUUUAAUCCUGAGACCAGAAGGCUGUCAGUGGGCAUGGACAAUGGACAGAUCUCUGAAUUUGUUCUAUCUGAUGACUAUAAUAAAAUGACUCAAGCCAGAAGUUACCAAGCUCAUCAAAAUCGAGUGACUGUUGUUCUCUUUGUGCUAGAGAUGGAGUGGGUGCUAAGCACUGGACUGGAUAAAAACUUUACCUGGCACUGUUCAGAAAGCAGUCAACGGUUAGGAGGAUAUCGGACUACUUCCUGGGUUUCUUGUCUGCAAUUUGAUGUAGAGACACGGCAUGCUUUUGUAGGGGACCACUCUGGCCAAGUCACCAUUAUGAAACUUGAACAGGAAAGCUGCAGCCUUGUUACCACAUUUAAAGGACAUACAGGUAGUGUUACAGCACUCUGCUGGGAUUCAGUCCAGAGAGUGCUGUUCUCAGGUAGCUCUGACCAUUCCAUCAUUAUGUGGGACAUCGGAGGCCGAAAGGGGACAGCCAUUGAGCUUCAAGGACACAAUGAGAAAGUUCAAGGGUUGUGCUAUGCACACCACACAAAACAGCUCAUCUCCUGCAGUUCGGAUGGUGGAAUCACAGUCUGGAAUAUGGAUGUGAAAAGACACGAGACUCCAGAAUGGUUAGACAGCGAUUCCUGUCAAAAGUGUGAGCAGCCAUUUUUUUGGAACUUCAAACAGAUGUGGGACAGCAAGAAGAUUGGACUGAGACAACAUCACUGUCGAAAGUGUGGAAAAGCGGUGUGUGGAAAGUGCAGCUCCAAACGCUCGACAAUCCCUUUGAUGGGUUUUGAGUUUGAAGUGCGGGUCUGUGACAGCUGCUACGAAUCAAUAACUGAUGAGGAGCGUGCACCAACGGCUACUUUUCAUGAUAGCAAGCACAGCAUUGUCCAUGUUCACUUUGAAGCAACAAGGGGAUGGUUGUUAACAUCUGGAGCCGAUAAGAUUCUGAAGCUUUGGGAUAUGACGCCAGUGGUAUCAUGAGGAAAAUCAGAAGACCAGAGAUGAAAUUUUCUACACAACAGUAUAUCCACACUUGGACAGUGCAUUUUUUUAAGAGAAAAGGAGGAAAACUUUCAACUAGGGAGUGUGACGACUUCUCGGCUUCAAAAGGCAGGCCCAGUUUGCAAAGAGGGCCACGGCAGAGCAUGCAUGUCCAAAGUUGGUGGCUGCUGCUUGCCAAUCAUGUUUAGCCUGGAUAUUUCGAGGUGUGCUUUCCUGGUGUUGCAAAAGCAGGUGCCAUCUCCACUAACGUUCCUGUAACAGGACAGGACAUGUGCUUCAGAAGUUUAUUUUUUCUUUCCUUCUUUCUGUCUAUACUUUUACCAGUGAGGUGCUUUUUACUGCCUCCUAUUGGAACAGAGAGCAUUCCACCAUGGAAAAUAAUCAAAAGUGUGAUGUGAAACCCUAAUUUUCCAGUUUCAAUUUUUUUUUCUGAAUACUUUUAACCAAUCUGGAUAAAUCACUGAUACUCAGCUACUGAAAAUUAACUCAUCAUUGCAUGCUAAAUAGCUAAUGCCAUCUCAAGCAGCAACUCAACAAGCUGCUCUGCCACUGGCAGUUCUUCUUUUUAACAGCCACACAUAAAGUGGAGAGUCCUGCAGACCCAAAAAACCGCUGCUCAACAACAGAGAAAAAAGGGCUAAACUAUGGUACAAACUGCGACAGAAUAAACACUGAAGUAUUUAUUGAUACAUGGAUAUUUAAAUUCUUCUUGGAAAAUUUGUGCAAAGUAUUUUUAUUAAGACACUGCACUUUUUAUUCUGUUUCUUUUGCCUGUAUAAAAUAUAUUUUAAAAUCUGAAACAAACUUGAAUGGAGACAUGAAAAGGAACCACAUAGUGUGAUAAAAACAUAAACUGAAAAAAUCAUUUUGAAUUGCAAACUGCUUUUUAUUUACUGAUUUGUAGGUUGAAUUUAUAAUCUAGAUACUAACUGUGUGGUCAGCACGGGACGUCUGACUCCAGUUUGAUUCCUCUUUGUAGUGCCUUCUUUGUGCUCCAAUUUCCUCCCACCAUCUGAAGGCAUGUUAUCAGAUUGCCCAAUUCAAAUUGGUCAGUAUGAGUAAGUGUGAGUGUGUUGUGUGAUGGAUGUCAUCCUGAUUUGGUUCCUGCCAUGAGCCUGAUACUGCUUUAAUUGGCGCAGUCUCCCCAUAAUUUUGUAAUGGACAGAGCAAUUUCAGAAAUGUAUUGAAGUGUUUGUAGUCUGACCCAAAUGGACCUGCACUCUUGAAAAAUUUGUAAAUAACAUAAUAUACUGUAUAAAUUACAUGUAUUUUACGCUGCAAACCUUUAGCACUUAAUGGCUGAUGAAGAGUAUUAUUGGUACUAAGAUGUAGACUUGAACCUUUAAAAUAACAAUACAUCAUCACCCAAA